AUGUCCGCUCCGGCCCCCAUCGCCAUCAUCGGCGGCGGCCCCUGCGGCCUCACAUUCGCGCGGCUCCUCUCGCGCGCAGGAAUAAACUAUGUCGUCUUCGAACGAGACGAUUCCCCCGAGCCCCAGGACCACCACUCCGGCGGGACCCUAGACCUGCACACGACCACGGGCAUCGCCGCCCUCGACGCCGCAGGUCUACGCGCGGAAUUCGAGAACUUCGCGCGCUACGAGGCUGCUGUGUUCACGGUCCAGGAUGCGCAGGGCGGGAACCGGUAUAGAGCCGAUGCGGAGGGAGACGAAGAGCAGAGGCCCGAGAUCGAUCGGGUGCAGCUUAGGAAGAUUCUGCUGGAUUCGGUGCCGGCGGAGCGAGUCAAGUGGGGGAAGACGUUGGAGAGCAUUUCGCGUGGUGAGGGGGGUGGAAAGGGGGCGAAGCGGUGGGUGUUGAAGUUCAAGGAUGGGAGCGAGGAGUCUGGGUUUCGGAUGGUUGUUGGUUGCGACGGGGCUUCGAGUGCUGUGCGCCCGUUGAUCACCCCCGCCAAGCCCCAAUACUCAGGCAAAACAUACAUCGAAGGCCGCAUCUCGCCCUCCAACCCACAAUACGUCGCGGCCCAGGACUUAGUCGGCCCAGGCAACUCCGCCGCCAUGGGCGCCGGCCGCGCGCUCCUCCUGCAGCAGAUGUCCGACCGCUCGUACCGCGCGUACAUCGGCAUCGAAGAAUCCGACACUUCGCUGACUCGACCCGGCGGAAUCCUGGAUUUCGCCACGGACAUCGAGACCUCGAGAACGGCGCUGCUAGAGAGGUACUACGCAGACUGGGCGCCUCAUCUCCGCGCAUUCAUCGAGGACGCAGAGGCGCCCUUCCGCGUGUGGCCAUUGUACACCCUUGACGUCGAAGCCUUUGCGCCCGAGGCGCAGUGGACGCGGGCGCCUGGCGUCACGCUACUAGGCGAUGCGGCGCAUGUGACACUUCCGAACGGCGAGGGCGUGAAUCUAGCCAUGCUCGAUGCGCUGAAGUUGUUCGAGGCGCUGACUGCUGAGCUCGGGGGAGACGACGGGGACGAUGACGACGCUGUCGAGCGCGCGAUCGUCGCGUAUGAGGCUGAUAUGCGCACGCGCGCGCAGGCACAUAUCGAGGAUGGAAUCCAGAUGUGCGGGAUGAUGUUCCAGGCUGAUGGGGCUGAGAAGAUGAUUGCUUUCUUCAAGAGUUUCGAGGACGCGGCGAAGGCGCAAGCGAGUUAA